UUGACCUGUGCACAACGCAAAGUAGCGAGAAAGCUGCGAUAAAUUGCUUAGAAUAAGUUAAAGUGUGGAAUAUCCUUCGGAGCUGUUCAAGUACGGAGCAGUGCAAAGAAACGCAGUGUUAAUUAAAAUAUUCAGCAUAGAGCAACAGUUUGCUGUCUUUGUUGCGUUUGCUUAAAAUCUGACCCUCACUCAGGAGCGCACGCACACGCAAAAUGUCCGCCAAACCCAACAUACGUCGCAUCCUGUAUGUGCCAGCAUUAGCCCUAGCCACCUUCGCUGCUUUCUUCACGCUGAUCGCAUGUGCCGAUGGCAAAUCGACCGGUCUUAAUAUACCACAACAACAACCGAACACACUACUCACCGAAAUCGAUACUGAAGAAGUGCGCGACAAUGAUAUCGGCGGUGCCACGAACUAUGACAAGCGUAUGGAGCGUUACGCUUUCGGUUUGGGUCGGCGUGCCUACACCUACACCAACGGUGGCAAUGGGAUGAAACGUUUACCUGUGUAUAACUUCGGACUGGGCAAGCGCGCAAGACCCUAUUCCUUUGGCUUGGGCAAACGUGGUGAAUACGAUGAGGAUCAGUACAUUGAUGAUCUUUACAAUGGCAAUAUUUACGAUGCGUCAAUUAUUGAUGAAAAACGCAACCGGCCCUACAGUUUUGGUCUGGGUAAACGCUCACUUCAGGACCCACCUCCGCACAGAUACGGUUUUGGACUUGGACGUCGUUAAGUGCACAUACACAUACACGCAUAAAAAAUUAAGUAAACCCAACGCAUUCGAACUGUACAUCUUUUGAUGCUGAGAGGAAGAGUGCAAAAUAAACAAUGAAAAUUAAAAAAAACAAAAUGCUAAGACCAUUUGGUAUUUGGAGACAAAAGAUAAAAAUCCAUAUGAAGAGUCAACUGGAGAAAUAUGACUAAUCACUUCUGGUAUCAACAGUGUUUGCUUGGCUUAUUUGAAAGCUGCGCUGGUAUGUGCAGGGCAGAUUUUUUAUACCGUUUAGCUUUCAAAUGUGCCGGCGAUCUAAAAAGACCUGAAUUUGAAAAAAAUAUAUAUAUAUAUGUUAGCAAAUACUGUGCUGAAUCUUAAGAUGGGGAGCAUACACAUACACACACACAUAUACCAAAUGAAGUAAUAAAACUCUAUUGCCAAUUACGUCUUGAUUUAGUUUUCGAAUUAUUUUCAAUUUAUGUAACUUAAAGGAGUAUUUUACAACUACACAAAUACUUUUAUAAUAUAUGCAUAUUUAUGUAUAUGUAUAUGUAUUCAUGUAUGUGUAACAUAUGAAUGUAAAAUUAUGUACAGUAAAGGCAUGUUAAAUAUACGAGCUAAUAAUGAACACUGAAUUGUUGGUGCUGCAGAUGUAUGAAAAUAAUGUUAGCUUAUGUACUUACACGUACUUGUGUAUUAAAAAAUUAAAUUAAAUACAAAUAAAAAAAUUUAUUUAAAUACAAGGGCAAAAAAACUAAAAACAAACUAUUAAAAAAAUAAAAA